AUGCAAUGGCUCCUGGGAGCAUUGCCUCCAGUGAUAUCUCAACUUCCUCAACGUCCUCAACCUCCUUGCCCUCCACAGUGGGGUCGUCCCGGGUGUCUGAGUCUGAAGAGCCAGUUGGUUCCCAAGCAUAAGAGGAAAGUCCAACCCAAGAAGACACCCAUCAUGACAGCCCCCAGGAAACCCAGUGAGGCCAAGGAGAAGGUCCCCAAGAAACCAAGGGAGGCAAAGGACCCUCCCAACCCAGGCGAGGUGAAAAGGGGACCCAGGAAGCUGCGAGAGGUGAGGACGGCUCCUCCCAAACCAGGUGCAGCCAAGGAGAAGGCUCCCAGGAAAGGCGGCCCAACCAAAGACCAAGAGGCAAGAGCGAGUGAGGCCAGAAAGGCCUCCCAACAGCCAGACAAGGCCACAUGGGCCCCUCCCAGUGCCACCGGGCCCAGUGGGAAGUCAAAGGUCAAAGGCAGAAGGAAGAGCCAGGGUGGUGAGGCCCACAGGGAAACAAAAGCUGGGAGUCGGAGUGUAAAACCCACGGUCCCCAAGGCCAAGAAGGGUACUACUUCUCCAGCCAAAAAGAAGGAAAAUCACGUCCCUAAAGAGGUCAUUCCCCAUGCGGCCAAGGUGGGGCCCAAAGCCAAGGCCGCUGCUCUUCCCAGGGCUGGUGGGUCUAAGAUGGUGCCUGAACCCCUGGCCAGGAAGACUGAGGCCCCCAAGGGCCCAAGGAGGCUGGACUUGCCCACCAAGGCCUCAUCGUCCAAACUGGCCAGUAGGAAAGCGGAGGCUGAAAGCUAG